AUGACCCAGAACUACCAGCAUAUUUUGGCCAUGGUUUUUGCAGUAAAGGAGAUCAAUGAAAACCCCAGGCUCUUGCCCAAUCUCACCGUGGGUUUCCGCAUCUAUGACAGCUACGUGCAUGCAAGGUGGACCUAUCAAGCCACACUGCAACUUCUUUCUCCCUGGAACAGACUGGCCCCCAACUACAGGUGCAACAUCAAAGACAACUUAUUUGCGAUAAUUGAAGGACUUGCCGCAGCAACAUCCUAUUUGAUUCCGAGUGUUUUGGCCAUGUACAAAAUUCCUCAGCUCCACCACUUUCUGCAAGGUCUGUCCUUUAACAACAGUGCUGGUGACAAAGUUUCCUUUAAUGAGAAUGGGGAAUUAGUUGCAGAAUUUGAUGUCAUCAAUUAUGUCACUUUCCCAAACAAAUCUAUCAUUCAAACUAAAGUGGGAAGGCUGGAUCCCCAGGCUCCUCUGGGCCAAGGAGUCAUCAUGAAUAAGGAUGCCAUUGUGUGGCACCGCUGGUUCAACCAGGUCCAGCCCCUUUCUCUGUGUAAUGACAACUGUCAUCCUGGAAACAGCAAAAGAAGGAAGGAGGGGGAGCCUUUCUGUUGCUAUGAUUGCAUUCGAUGCCCAGAAGGGAAGAUAUCGGACAAGAAUGACAUGAGUGACUGUUUUACAUGCCCAAGUGAACAGUAUCCAAAUAAGAACCAGAAUUCCUGCAUUCCCAAGGUGGUCAAUUUCUUGUCUUAUAAAGAACCAUUGGGAAUUGGAUUAGCUCUUAGUACUCUUUCUUUUUCACUCAUCACACUCCUCAUUCUAGGACUGUUUGCAAAGCACCAUGAUACUCCCAUUGUCAAAGCCAACAACAGAAGUGUCACCUACACUCUUCUCAUCUUGCUCCUUCUCUGCUUCCUUUGUGCCUUAUUAUUCAUUGGCCGACCUAAAACGGUGACCUGUCUCCUACGACAAACUGCUUUUGGCAUUAUUUUCUCAGUGGCUGUUUCCUCCAUCUUGGCUAAAACGAUCACUGUGGUUCUGGCUUUCCUGGCCACUAAGCCUGGAUCCAGCAUGAGGAAGUGGGUGGGGAAAAGGCUGGCCACCUCCAUUGUCCUUUCUUGUACCCUUAUUCAGGCAGGCAUUUGUGUUGUAUGGCUGAUAGCUUCUCCCCCAUUUCCAGAUGUUGAUACAGAGUCAAUGACUGAAGAAAUUAUACUGGAAUGUAAUGAGGGUUCCACCACCAUGUUUUAUUGUGUCCUGGGCUACAUGGGCCUCCUGGCCGUUGCCAGCUUUGCUGUUGCUUUCCCAGCUAGGAAGUUACCGGACAGUUUCAAUGAAGCCAAGUUCAUCACGUUCAGCAUGCUGGUCUUUGGCAGUGUUUGGCUGUCCUUUGUUCCAACCUACUCGAGCACUAAAGGGAAAUACAUGGUGGCUGUGGAGAUCUUCUCCAUCUUAGCCUCCAGUGCUGGGCUGUUGGGCUGCAUCUUUCUCCCCAAAUGCUACAUUAUUGUUCUGAAGCCAGAGUUCAACAACAGAGAACAACUUAUAAGAAGGACUACCUUGAAAGUACAAAGAUUAAUCCAAACCAUGGUCAAGGUUGCCAUCUUACUUAUAUGCUAUGCUCAGCUGUUCAUCACCCCUCGGAAGUGGGAGCCGCGGAUCUCCACAACCCUGAUGGACGAGGCCCCAGCAUGCCAUGAGACCCUCCUUACAAGACCCGGUAGGGGCGGCAAAAGCAGGAAUCCCAGUGAGAGAGGGGACGACUGCCCCAUCCGAGAAGAUGAUGAGCGGGAGGAACCGAGGCCGGACGACGAUCGCCACGGAGGGUCAGACUCGGAGGAAGAAAAUGGGAGCCCCCCUAAAGAGACGGACAUCCUAAAAACCAUGAGGGGAGAGAUGACCACCGUGUCUAGAGAGCUGUGGGAUGAGAUCCAGGCGAACGCCACUUUCAUGGCGUGA